GGCCACCCAUCUUCUUUCAUUUCUCACUUUCGCAAGAACUCAUUUACCUUGUUCGCCAAGCCAGAUCUCUCUGCAGAUUCUGCGAUCGGCUGUGUUCUCAUCUGUUGUUGUUGCUGCGAUGGCGGAUGGAGUUGUGGUUCCGAUGGAGCAGAGGCCCAAGACGAAAAUCGUUUGCACGCUCGGUCCCGCUUCCAGAUCCGUUCCCAUGAUCGAGAAGCUUCUCCGUGCCGGUAUGAACGUCGCUCGAUUCAAUUUCUCCCAUGGAUCUCACGCUUACCACCAGGAGACUCUCGAUAAUCUCCAUCAGGCCAUGUCCAGCACUGGCAUCCUCUGCGCCGUCAUGCUUGAUACCAAGGGUCCAGAAAUUCGAACCGGCUUCUUGAAGGAUGGGAAACCUAUCCAAUUGACACAAGGCCAAGAAAUCACCAUAUCCACUGACUAUGACAUGAAGGGUGACGAGAACAUGAUUUGCAUGAGCUACAAAAAGUUGGCGGAGGACGUCAAACCGGGCAUGGUGAUACUCUGUGCUGAUGGUACCAUCUCGUUAGCCGUCCUCUCUUGUGACAAAGAAAAUGGUUUGGUCCGUUGCCGCUGUGAGAACAGUGCAAUGCUUGGCGAGAGGAAGAACGUCAAUCUCCCGGGUGUUGUGGUUGAUCUCCCGACGCUGACUGAGAAAGACAAGGAAGAUAUUCUUGGAUGGGGAGUUCCCAAUCAAAUCGACAUGAUUGCUCUCUCUUUUGUAAGAAAAGGAUCUGACCUUGUGGAAGUCCGAAAGCUACUCGGGAAGCAUGCCAAGAACAUUCUUCUCAUGUCUAAGGUUGAAAACCAAGAAGGUGUGGCCAACUUUGAUGACAUCUUGAUGAACUCAGACGCAUUUAUGAUAGCAAGAGGCGAUCUUGGGAUGGAAAUCCCGAUCGAGAAGAUAUUCUUGGCCCAGAAGGUGAUGAUCUACAAAUGUAACAUUCAGGGAAAACCCGUGGUCACGGCGACUCAGAUGCUCGAGUCCAUGAUCAAAUCACCUCGACCCACGAGGGCCGAAGCCACGGACGUAGCCAACGCUGUCCUCGACGGCACAGACUGCGUCAUGCUCAGUGGCGAAACGGCAGCCGGAGCAUACCCGGAGCUGGCUGUCCGUACAAUGGCUAAGAUAUGCGUUGAGGCCGAGAGCACUAUUGACUAUGGAGAUGUGUUCAAGAGGAUCAUGCAGCACUCUCCGGUACCCAUGAGCCCGCUCGAGUCACUCGCUUCCUCGGCAGUCAGGACGGCUAACUCGGCCCGAGCCUCGCUCAUUCUGGUCCUCACGAGGGGUGGCAGCACGGCUAGGCUCGUGGCCAAGUACAGACCAGGCAUACCCAUCUUGUCGGUCGUGGUUCCAGAGAUCAAGACCGACUUGUUCGACUGGUCAUGCAGCGAUGAAUCUCCGGCCAGGCACAGCCUCGUGUUCCGGGGUCUCAUCCCGGCGCUUUACGCGGGGUCAACCAGAGCAUCCGACGACGAGUCGACGGAGCAAGCCAUCGUGUUUGCCACUGAGUACGGGAAACAGAAACAGCUCUGCAAGGCCGGCGACUCGGUCGUGGCUCUCCUCCGUGUUGGCAACGCUUCUGUCAUCAAGAUCUUGACCGUCAAGUGACUUUUCCGGCAGCGCUUUCUAAGGCUUUGUUUAUUUCUGCGACCGUAAGUUUCAUACGGCGGUGUUUUUUUUUGGCGAUUCAUACUCUCAUGAUGCUGGUUGAUAUUUCUAUAUCGUAAAUCCAUGCAGAAAAUACGUUAUUAUGCUCCGCUUCGUCUGCUUA